AGACUCCAAGAGUCGGCGAGGUGUUGCGUUUAAGACUCCACAUUGAAAUGGUUUUAACCAAGGGAGGACAUUUGCUUCAUUCUUCUAUUGAAACACAAACAUGAAUAUCGAUCAGAAGCGGAGAUCAGUUUACUCCCAGAAUGAUGAUCAGUCCCCAAUUGAACCUGACUUACUGAGGUGCAGCAACCUGAACAUGCCCCUGCUGGCGUCAGAGUUCUUCAAAAGCGAAUUACAGCUGCACCUGGAUGGCAUAACUACCGAGACGUGGGACUUAAUCGAGUACGGCCACUUUGACUGCAAUGCAUUCAUGGUGCUGUUGAAAAUGUGGCAAAGUAUCCUGUACAAAAUCUCCCAAGAAGUGCUGGUCGUUGUGGUGCCUCAGGUGGAAGAACACGCACACAUCAUCGAGAAAGGUUGUGGCACUCUACAACGGGCCCUCAACUUCUCGUGUGUGACGGAGGAUGACAUCCACGCAUGCAUUUGGGACUCGCUUCUUCUGGCCCUCAAAGACACAAUAAACGCCGGAAACGUAAAGACGGCGUGUGGCGACCAGCUGCUGGAGAUGGUCGCAGCUAAAGUGUCGAAGACGGUGAACAAAGCGCUGUCCGACAUCUCCUUGAAGCCCAACUCUUUCACGUACCCGGACGUGCCUCACCAAGUGUCGGAGAUCGGAGAAAUAGCGCUACAGACAAUCUCGGUGCUGAGGAACUGCUUGGAGAACAUGAGGACGGCCGCCGGCGCCGCAGGGGAGGACGUGUGCGCAGACAGCGACUCGUCGGAGGAGAAAAGCAACGGCUUGGUGGCGCCUCUGCCCACGCCUGUGCUCAACACCCGGGCGGAAAAGAAAUUCCGCGCCCGCACUCCCGCCGACGGCUGCGCGAAGACGGAAAAGGGUUGUUGUCGCCACACGUCCGUGGGAACAUGGACAAAGAAAGAAAACACCUUUUUCACUGUGUUGCUGUGGAAGCUGACGGACCAUAUCGCCCACUCCAACUCCAAGUCGGUGCUGGAGAUGGACAUCGACUGGAUGUUGGCGCAUCUCAUGAGCGCGGUGGUAGAGACGCACCCCAACCUCCUGCUGAACAUCGGCGACUUCCACGUCCACAUCUACAAGGACCUCUGUCAGGAAUUUGGAUCAAAGGAGCGCCUGUAUUUCUCCAUGGCGCGCUCUCAGGCCGCCUUUGUGGAAGCUCUCGCUCGGGCACUCAGGAAUCAUCUCCAGGUGCCGAAAAAGACCGACUUUUUCACCAAGGUCAGGGCCUUUUUCAAGAAGAAGACUGCAAAAGUGUCUCUGGCCUAUGAGCAAGGACAGAUGUGGCUGCAGGCCUCCACGGGCACCAAGAAGCUCUGA